AUGAAGGGCUUGAUGGGUGCUGCCAAGGGGGCGCUACUGGGUGGCUCCAACGGUCCACCGCCCGUGGGAGAGGCAUGGUGGCCGCCUCCAGACAAGCCACCCUUGCUACCGCCACCGAUCUCCCCCUACUUUCAGGGACAGCCCGCGAGCCGUGCGAGUCUGGGGGCCUCAAGUCAAUUGGAUAACGAGGGCGAAGCAAAUGCGCCUCAAGUCCCGUUCGUAGCGUCCGAUCGCUCCGUUCGGUUCGCGAUGCCAGGAGCGGAGAGCUCGGUUCGCAUCCGAUCGCUCCUAGUCAACAUGUUUCAAGAGCUGGAUUCCAUCCAAUCUCUUUGGGCAUUUGGGCCAGGCUUGGAAGUGGGAUCGUGA